AGGCCGUGCCCGCGCACGCUCUGUCCCGCCGGGCCCCGCGCUCCAGUGCGGGGGCGGUGGUGAAGCGGGGGAUCGCCCUCCCGCCUGCCCGGGCGCGCCCCCGAGCGCCGCCUCAGCAGCGCCCGAGACUGAGCUAGGAGCGGACAGCGCCGAGCCGGCCCUGCUGCCACCGCCGCGGGGGAGAUCUGCAGCUUUCCAAAGUGAUCUCUUUCUGAAUGGAGUUCCUCAGCCACCUCUGAUGUGGCUAAACAAUCCCAAACUAAGGGGACAUGCCAUUCAUCUCAAGGGGGCAGGGGGAACUGAUCCUGAUUCCUUUCGAAAAGGGAGCACAACAACACACGUGUAAAGUGGUUGGGGUGGCUGUUUAUUUCUAAAGAACGUGGAUCCUUGGUCAGGAGUCUAGCAGAGACCAUGAGCUGUUGCUUGGCUCUAACCUUCUGACUUUCAGUUUGUGAGGGGAGUUUGCGGCACCAGGGGCCAUGGCGGACUGGGUUCUCCUUGGACUGAUUGGGGCAUUGCUUGUGCUCCUGCUGCUGACUCUCUUUGGCUUUGCCAUCUAUUCGGGGCUCUUCUCGGAGGUGGUUGUGAGUGCUGGCUCGCCCCCCAUCCGCAACAUCACCCUGGCGUACAAGUUCAAAGUGGGGCCCUACGGCGAGUGUGGCAAGCUGUUCACGGAGAGCUGCAGUAUCUCUCCGAAGCUAUGCUCCAUCGGCGUCUACUAUGACAACCCUCACACGGUGCCACCUGAGAAAUGCCGCUACAUUGUGGGCUGCAUCCUGAGCGAGGGGGAGGAGAAGCCGUCCGAGGAGCUGAUCCGACUGUUCCAGAAGUUUGGCUUCAAGAUCUUCUCCUUCCCGGCUCCCAGCCAUGUGGUCAUGGCAACCUUCCCAUUCACCACACCCUUCUCCAUCCAGCUGGCGGUGAACCGGGUCCACCCGGCCCUCGACACUUACAUCAAGGAGAGGAAGCUGUGCGCCCAUCCCAGGCUGGAGAUCUACAAAGGAGACCGCAUCUAUUUUGUGUGCCCCCUGGCACGCCAAGGAGACUUCUAUGUGCCAGAAAUGAAAGAGAUGGAGCGGAAGAGCAGAGCGGCAGAAGCAGACGAUGCACAGACAGAUAUCACAGGGGCUGACACCCUGAGCGAGACGAGCUCCAUCAGCCUGGAGGCCACGACCGAUAGCAGAGAGACUUCGGUGGCCACCUCCAUCCUGUCCCCCUUCGCAGCUGGCCGCGGGCGGGAUGAACUGGACAAUCGCAGCGAACACAGCUACAGCGAGUCAGGGGCCAGUGGCUCCUCCUUCGAGGAGCUGGAUCUGGAAGGCAAUGGCGAUGGGUCGGCAGGGCAGCCUUCUGACCUGGGCUAUGCCGAGGAGCAGGAGACCACAAAGGCCAAGUGGGCUAAAGAGCCCACUGCUCUGGAGAAAGAGAGGGGUGAAGAAUAAACCAGAGUCCUUCCAGCUUCCUCCCCUUUAAUCGGAAGGAACUGAUCUGUCCUGUUUUCUUUCUCGCUAGCCAAGAGAUUUCAGUCACUGAUUCCUAUUGAGCCCCUCUCCCCAUCCUCUGAAGACAGAUGUUCCAAUUGUUAUAAAGAAGGACAGCUACUCCAAGGGGGAAGCGUAGCUAGGAACUGUUCUCCAGGAGCCUUUCACCCUCUUGUGUGCUGUAGCAGUGAGGUGGGGGUUUAGUCUGUUUGAUGAGCAGUGAAAUGUACUUCCAGGCUGGGUGUGUAUAAAUGCGUGGUGAGCUCUCUGCAUGAGGUGUGUGUGUGUGUGUGAGAGAGAGAGAGAGAGAGAGAGAGAAACACAUGUUCUCCCUCUGCCUGUCCUCCCCAUCUCCUCAAGGCAGCCUGGUUCUCCACCAUAUAGACACACAUUGACUGGCACCAAAGAGCAGACAGUGGUUUUAUUCUAUGUGAAAAGGAAAUAUACAAUGUAAAAUCGUCCUCCUUAAACGGAUGUUAUGCUUUUGGGAUCUGUAAUAAAGCAAAUGCUUUUCCUCUGAGGUGUGAGGGCUCAA